AUGACCAACUUAAUUUUGGAAAUGUGUGAGCAAAAAUUGCGAGAUUUAAGGAAAAAUUCACCGGACCAGCUGACAGAUUGUGUGAAAACUUAUAUGGCUAAUAAUAAUCCAGAAAAAUUCGAUUGUGUGAGCAUCAAGGAGAAAGGGGGAUGCUUCUUAAAGGACGUGGAGAAACAUUGUGAUCCAAAGUUUUUGGAAGUUUAUAAAGAGCAUCAAGACCUCCGUCUCUACAAUCGUGCAUGUGAUGGAAGAUUACGGUACAAAGUUUGGGAUUUAACCAGAACUCAAGAGUUUGCCAUCCAUUCAGUGCCCGGUGGAAUCAAAAUGACUGAUCCGAAAAGAAAUGAGACUGGAACUCCCAAUACUACAAGAUUUUUUGGCGGACUAUGUGUUUCAACAUUUUUUGUGUUGAUGCGGUCUGCCAUAAUUUGUAUUCUCUUGCCAUACCCAUCAAAUGGAUACUCAUAUCGUGGUAAAGACAUCUGGAAGACAGGAUGUACAUACGCCGGAGAACACGCAAUCCCUCAUUGCCGAUAUAUUAUCGGUUUCAAAAACUUCUGGAGACAUAACUCAAUCGCCUGGUUUCCAGAACAAACAAGGAAUAUGAGCUACACGGAGCUCAAGAAGCAUUGCGAUGAUUCCUUUGUCUGCCUGGAGAACACUGGAUGCUACAAGGAUUUUGUCAACUAUCAAGAACUUGACAAGUGCAUCGAUGACGUCUUUUGGCUGGGUCCCAUGGGUUUCUGUGAGACGAAAUUGAGAGAAGUUCUGAAAUCGACACCUGACAAACUAGAGGAGUGCGUUCAGGAGUAUCUCAAGGAUAAAAAUCCAGACAGAUUUGAUUGCGUUAGCAUUAACAACAAGGGAAAAUGCUUCGAGAAGGAUGUCGAGAAGCACUGUGAGCCGAGAUUGCUGCCAAUGUACAGAGAACACCAAAACCUUCGUCUCUACAAUCGUGCAUGUGAUGGACGUUUGAGAUACAAGGAUUGGGACAUGGCUGGCUCACAAGACUACGCUCUUCAGUUCAAUCCUGGAGGUUUGAAAGUUUCCGACCCGAAGAGAGACGUUUUGAAAGCUGAAAAUGAAGAAACUACUGGUGCCAAUUCUACUGAUGUUUGA